UUACACGACUUCACUGUUCCCCCAUUACAUAAUCUCAACUCAAGUGAUCAUCCACACAUCCCAGAAUUUUCGUUCCCACUAUAUAUAUACAGCUACAACUCCUUGCAUAGAAUCCAUCCAUCUUUCCCAAUUCUAACGAAAAUAUCUCUCUCUCUCUCUCUUUCUCAUACUCUCUCUCUCUCUCUCUCUCUGAAUUAAUGGAGAAUACUAUGGAGAAGCCACUACUUUCGGACUCAGACGAUGAACAGGUGUACUCCGUGAAAAACCGUUCUUUCACAUCGUCUUUCCUUUCGGACACAGACGGGGAACAGCAAACGCACUCUAUCAGAAACCGGUCUUUUACUGCAUCCUUUGUGAUUGACAGCGAUGACAUCCCUCCCAUCACAGGAAUCCGCCAGUUUUUCUUCGAAUUCUUGGUGGAGUCGAGAAAGCUCUGGUACCUAGCCGGCCCCGCCAUUUUCACCAACAUAUGUCAGUACUCACUCGGCGCCUUUACCCAAACCUUCGCCGGCCAUGUCGGCACCCUCCAGCUCGACGCCUUCUCCAUUGAGAACUCUGUCAUCGCCGGUUUGUCCCUCGGCGUCUUGCUGGGAAUGGGAAGUGCGGUGGAAACGUUGUGCGGGCAGGCCUACGGGGCCGGUCAGCUAGAAAUGCUGGGCGUCUAUUUGCAGAGAUCAUGGGUUAUCCUUCUCGGGACCUCAUGUCUGCUAACAUUUCUCUACAUUUUCGCAUUACCGUUCCUGCUACUGAUCGGGCAGACAGAGAACAUAUCGCGGGCCGCCGGAAAGUUAGCCCUAUGGAUGAUUCCUCAGCUAUUCGCCUACGCCCUGAAUUUUCCGACGGCCAAGUUCUUGCAGGCGCAGAGCAAAAUCAUGGCCAUGGCCUUGAUCUCCGCGGUGGCGUUGGGGUUACAUAUAGUGUUCAGCUGGCUGCUGAUGCUGAAACUUGGGUGGGGAAUGGCGGGCGGGGCGGCGAUGCUGGACGCUUCAUGGUGGUUCAUAGUGGUGGCUCAGCUGAUUUAUAUAUUAAGCGGGACAUGCGGGAAAGCUUGGACAGGGUUCACAUUGCGGGCAUUUCAGAAUCUGUGGGGUUUUGUUAGGUUAUCUGUUGCAUCGGCCGUAAUGCUGUGCUUAGAAACCUGGUAUUUUAUGGCUCUGGUUCUCUUCGCUGGAUAUUUGAAAGACGCAGAAGUUUCUGUUGCUGCAUUAUCUGUAUGCACAAACAUAAUGGGGUGGACAAAUAUGAUAGCCAUCGGAUUCAACGCAGCAAUAAGUGUAAGAGUAUCAAAUGAACUGGGAGCAGGUCAUCCAAGAACAGCAAAAUUCUCUGUGGUGGUGAUGGUGAUAUCAGCCUUCUUGAUUGGCCUCUUUUUUUCUAUCCUUAUUCUCAUCUUCCAGGGACAAUACCCUUCUCUCUUUACUGAAAGUUCAGCAGUCAAACAAGUUGUCUACGAUCUCUCACCAUUGCUUGCAUUUUGCAUUCUCGUCAACAGCAUUCAACCUGCUUUAUCAGGAGUGGCUAUUGGGGCUGGAUGGCAAUCUUUGAUUGCGUAUGUGAACAUCGUAUGCUACUACGUAUUUGGUGUUCCUUUGGGUCUAAUGCUGGGGUACAAACUCGACAUGGGUGUUAGAGGUAUAUGGUACGGAAUGGUAUCAGGAACAAUAGUACAAACUUUGAUACUCUUUUGGAUUGUUUACAGAACUGAUUGGAACAAAGAGGCUUCUAUUUCUGCUCAAAGGAUCAGGCACUGGAGAGCCGAAAUAGAUGUUAAAAGACAAAGCGCCGAGAAAUUAACCAUUUAAACUGUAGAAAUAUUUAUAUCAACUUUUGAAGUUUGAAUAAUCAUAUUUGCAUAUAUAUAUAUAUAUGUACGUAUAUGUGAGUUCAUAAAUCGUAUAUUGCAGUUGGGAGUGAGUCGCAUUUAUCCUUGUGAUGUGUAAAACUUGGUGCAUAGAGAAGCAUUUACGAUUUUCUGAUAGUAACAUCCCUAGUGUUUGGUUGAAAAAUUAAGAGAAGAAAUAAGGAGGUCGGUGCGGUCGGGAUUGUAAAUUCGUGUUCUGAGUUGCUUGUAACAUAUGGAUCAGCUUCAAAGUUUUUGGUGAA